AACACCCAUACCCGCCAGUGAAUUGGCAUCAAUUCCGAACUGGCACCUACCCCCAACUGUACGGUGGAACUACGAUUUCAGAGGUGGAUUGAACGGUAAAAACCCCAAAAUGAUAUUUCCUUCCCUUAUUUCUCAAAGCAGAAACUCAAGUAAUCAUUCAAGAAAUGCCAUGAAUGCUUAAUGUAAAGAACUCCUAAAAGUUCUUCUUCAUCAUCAUCAUCUUCUUCUUCUUCUUCUCUGUUCGAAUUCUUUCUUCUUCGUGCUCUGUAUUUUCCGUGCCUAUAUGUGCAGGAAAUGGCGCUGGACUCCGUUUUCCGGAGCCUGGUCUGUGAUCUAGGCAGGCCGAAGGACGAGCUGAGAUACGGAACCGGACCAUUAGCGGUUCGGUCGAUGAGUCGAGCUAUGGUUGGACCGAGCAGAAAAAGGUUCCAUCUUCCAUGUCACCUAACACGUGUGGAAGUGUAAAAUUCAUGUCCGAGAUGGGGUUCUCGAGACUCAUUUCUCCUCUCUCUCUUCCUUUCCCCAAAUCCCAGCUAAACCCUAGUGCGGCGGCAUUUCAUUCCGACACUCCGGCGGAUAUCUUGACGUUUCUCCGACACUCCGGCGAAAGAGAUAACUUCCUACUCUAUUACCUGAGCUGUAAGACACAGAAGUUGCGAAAUGGCCACCGAACAAAAAGGCGAGGCGAAGGAGCAACAAACGACAAAGCUGCCACCGACGGAUUGGAAGGGGAAGGUGGAAGAGCAGUAUCGAAAGAUCAGAGAGCACGCAGAGACGUACCCGUACGUAUGGGCUUCGUAUAUUGUCGUAUACGGUGGUCUCGCUGUUUGGACGACCUACAGAUGGAGAAAGCUCCGCAAGACUGAGGACAGAGUUCGAACCCUUCAAGGGAAACUUCGAAAGCUCGUUGAAGCCGAAGAAUCAGCAAAUGCGUCGGCUACUUCUGCGUCUGCGUCCGUCGAGAAGGAAACGCUCGGUAAAGCGCAGAAAUAAUUGGAGGGUCUCUGCUCGAAGUCUGCUUUUAUACUGCUUUUGAUUAUUUAUUUUGAUGUUUUUUUGAGCGGAAUAGGUAGAAAAGAUACUUAGUUUUUUUUCUUUCUUUCUUUCCAAGAUUUUUUUAAUGAUUUUGUAAGAUUCAGCUGGAUUUUUUUUCCAUGGUUCUGCAACUUUUUUUUUAUUUUUUUUUUAUAAUUAAUAAUCAAGAUAUCAGAUUUAGUGUAAAGGGUCAUGGAAAACUUUGAGAGGCUGAAAAGAGGUGUAGCAUAACAUGAUUUUCUCUUGAAAUAGUUAGAAUUGAAAUUGCAACUCA